AUGCAGAUGCAGAUGGAAAUGUGUUGUUGUGGUAAUGUGGUAAAGGGGAAAAGAUUCCGGCCGUCAACUCCUACAAAGAAGCUACAGGGGUGGGGUGGGAUUUUGAAGCUCGGGAUCUUUUCGCCCCUCGCUCGAGCUUGGACCCCUCCAAAAGCUCUGAAAAUUCACCAUGACGAUUGCCCCUUGAACCUCCCAAAACACCUUACACAACGGACGACCAUGCUUUCGGCCGGCAAACUCCAGAACAGGUGUCCCGGAUGCCGGGCCCAGGUUCUGGGCUUCUACGAUGCUCUCUUGCAGCCGCGCAAUAUUGCAUCCCGCCCGUUUGUCCGCCCGCGCGCGACGCCAGUCACAGCAGCUUCGAGAGCUCUCAGUUCGAGAUCUCGACAACCAAACCCUGUCCGACCAUUCUCGACGACCAAACGGAUGUUCAACGAGGUACCGCCGACCGAAAAGGAUACCGAAUCGCAGUCAGCAGAGAAGGAGGCGCAAACAGUAGAAGGAUCAGGGGAAGCAACAGCAGAAGAGAUCGAACUUCUUGUGCGCCAGGCGAGGCAAACAUUUGGAAACACGUUACCCAAGGACUACUUCUCAAGAGAAGAAUACAAGGUAUACGAAAGAUUAUACGGACCGCCACUGCGCGAGACGGCACCGGAGGAUGUUGGCCUUCCGCUCAGGGACGAACAUGGGGAGGUCAUUGACGAAACGACGCCCGAGCACGCCUUAUUCAGGGAAACCGAACAUGGAGACUACGAACAGGUCCAGUACAGGAUCAACCCAGCGGUACCAGGGGGUGCUGUAGAGGCUGCAGACACUGCAGAGCCUGGAUUCCCCGGGGAGCUGGCCGAGGAAGCUACCGAUCUAGAGGCACAAGCUGAGCAGAACCAGCCAGUAUUCAGUGAUGCACAUAUCGACUACCUCAAUAUCACGGCCAACAACUCGCGCGAAUACCAUGCUCUGAUAAAGCUUCAACGAGAUUGUGAGGCAGCUGCCGCACUUCAGCCAAUGGAUGAGAUUCACGAAGAAAUCCGCGAGGACGAAGGCAUCACCGAGCAGGACUAUCCAAGGGAAGAGGAGGAGAUUGAGGAGGACGAUGAGUACGACCCCGGGACGGAAUUCGAGGUGGACGAGUCUCGCGACACCAGGGAGCAUCCGUUCACUUCGAUGGGCAAGUUCAAGACUUCACCGAGCACCAUCUGCCUGCCAAAGGCCAGCUUUGUUGAGCCGAUUAGCACGCUCCUGAAGCGCACGGAUUCCACACACAUCAGGCAGUGCGGGGAGGAGAAUCUCGGUGGCCCUGGUUUCCCUCACGGUCCGGGAUCACCUCGGUCAAAGGUCAACGUUCCGCAAAAGGGGCUGGGAUUGCAGGCCGGCGUUGGCUGGAUGUCGGAGAUUGAGGCUGAUACGUUCCUCGCUACCAUUAUGCCUGCCGUAUACGCCACGGCUAUGAGCACUCUGGUGGAGGUCAGGAAAAGGCUGGGACCUGAGUGGCUGAGGGGCUUGCUCGCCCGAGAUGGCGGCCCCCGAGUGCUGGAUGUUGGCGCUGGUGGUGCCGCCCUGGCAGCCUGGCAGCAGGUGCUUCAAGCCGAAUGGGACAUCCUUCGUGAAAACGGCGAGGUUUCGGAUCGGUACCCCCCUGGAAAGAAGACAACGGUCGUCGGCAACGACCACCUUCGGCAUCGCGUGUCCCGCUUCUUGCACAAUACGACCUUCUUGCCCCGUCUGCCGGAUUAUCUGCAUGUAGCCAAUGAGCACGAUAUGGGCGUCGGUGACAAACCGGCGCCGCGGAAGCAGUACGAUGUCAUCAUUGCGUCCCACCUGCUGAUGCCGCUGGACAAGGAGUACAAGCGGAAGGACAUGUUGGACAACCUCUGGAAGAUGCUCAAUCCGGAAGGUGGUGUGCUCAUUCUUCUGGAGAAGGGGCACCCUCGAGGCUUCGAGGCGGUAGCCGACGCUAGAGACCGCCUCUUGGACAACUUUAUCCUCGCACCCCAUUCGGAGCCUCACGCUGACGAAGUCCGGACCUCGUCUCAGCACGUUCGUGAGCCCGGCAUGAUCAUCGCACCUUGCACCAAUCACCAAAAGUGCCCCAUGUACCACCAGCCCGAUAGCAAGAAGCCCCAUCCGCUCUCGUUACCCCGCAACAUCCUCCCACCGCUGAAGCGCCACGGCCAUGUUACACUCGAUGUCUGCACACCGCAGGCAACGAUUGAGCGGUGGGUGGUGUCCAAAUCGUUCUCCAAGCAGGCGUACCGGGACGCUCGCAAGGCUCAGUGGGGUGACCUGUGGGCUCUGGGCGCCAAGACGCGCACCCUUCGCAACGUUCGCCUUGGCAGGGCCGGGCAGGACGCGGUUGUGGUGAAAGAUGCUGGCGUGCGCUCCCGGCGGGCGCUGGAGGCGGCGGGUAGGAAGCGGGACAAGGUGGUGGAGAUCAAUGUGCACCCGCAGUUUGGUGUCACUGGUGCCUAUGAGAAGCAUCCCCGCGGCAAGACUCCUGAGCAGAGGAGAUCCAGGAACGGCAGGAAGGUCAGGAUUGAGAAUCUGAUGGAGGAGAUGGGUGCCAAUGAGCUUCCUGAUCCGGAUGACAUUGAAGAUGCCGAGUACCUGAAGAGCAAGGACCUCUAG